GCUAACUUAGCUGACUAACUUACAGUGCUAAACAUAAGUGAAUACAUCCAUGCUAAAGUUGACUAAAAAGUGGAAUAUAAAUGAUCUUAUUGCCUUAUUUUUUAUCACCAUAUCUAGAGAGUGGCAUGGGGUACUUUCCAUAAGAUCAUCUUUCAAUGCAAAUCAAACCAGUUAAGUUACUAGGCUAACUGAAAUGAAACCAUGCCAAUAUCUAGUUAUGGUUAAGAGUAUGUGAUGAUGUGGGGCUAUUUUAAUUCCAGAAGCCAAGGGAACUUCAGGAUGCAUAGUAUCCUGGAUCCAUAAAAUAUCAGGCCUUUAAAAAUGAAAACCUGGCUGCCUCUAUUGGAGUUUAACAUAGGGGUGUCCUGUCUUAUGCACCCUGUAUUUUAAGGAAGAACACCAAUUUAUUGACGAUACAUUAUUCAUUCACAAAGAAAAUGGGUGUCCUUAAAGGUUGGAUUUUUUAAAUUAAGGCAUUUAGAUACAUUUCCAAAAGAUGCUGCUUUGAAAGUACUUGAUGGACAACCAUCUAUGUUGUUGUUUUUAACAAAACUAGAUUCUGUUCAUGACAUUAUGCUACCUUGUUGGUUAAAUGUGCUUGCAGUAAUGUGUUUGUCCCACACAGUGGUUCUCUACCCUAACUUUCCCCACUUUGAAGGACAUCACAAAGAUGCAUUGUCCCCUCAUGUCCUAGCCUUAGCCUAAGAUCUUUUAAUGUAAUGAGUUUUCUAGCUUAAAACAUUUAUUGAAUUUAUGAGUUUUAAUAAUCAAAUGAUUCUGUUUUAGGUAAACCAUCAUAUGAGAUGCUGGAGAGCCACCCUGACUGGAAACCAUCUUUGCGGUUAGGCCACAGCGAUGUAAAGCAAACAGAUGAAGCGAGAUUUCUGAGACGAGUAAAUCGCACAACCCAGCACCAGGAGCCGCCGCCAUCAUCGGCACAGCACCAGGAGCCGCCGCCAUCCCCGGCACAGCACCAGGAGCCGCCGCCAUCCCCGGCACAGCACCAGGAGCCGCCGCCAUCCCCGGCACAGCACCAGGAGCCGCCGCCAUCCCCGGCACAGCACCAGGAGCCGCCGCCAUCCCCGGCACAGCACCAGGAGCCGCCGCCAUCCCCGGCACAGCACCAGGAGCCGCCGCCAUCCCCAGCACAGCACCAGGAGCCGCCGCCAUCUCCGGCACAGGAAUGUGCUCUCUGCACAUCUAGACGGGAUGUUAUCAACUGUCUUUUGGAGGAAAACAGAAAGCUGAAGGAGGAGCUUGAAGAGUACAGGAUGACUGAGAACUUUCUGAGUGGAGAUGAUAGCAGAGUGAAGUAUUACACAGGACUUCCCAACUAUGUAAUGUUUCAGACACUACUACUCAGUCUCAUGUCAUAUCUGCCUCAAGGUAAUUUGAAGAAGCUCUCCCCCUUCCAGCUUGUCCUGAUGACUCUAAUGCGCCUUAGACUAGGGCUGCCAAUACAGCUCCUCGGCCGUCUGUUUCAGGUGCACAGGACAACAGCCAGUGAAGCCUUUCACCAUACUCUUAGUGUGAUGUACUCACGGCUGUCUCCAUUGGUGUACUGGCCAAGCAGAGAAAGUUUAUUGACUAGUAUGCCACACCAAUUUGUGGAAUCGUUUGGAAAACAUGUGGCUGCAAUUGUGGACUGUUUUGAGGUUUUUAUUGAAAAACCCUCAAAUGUACUUGCAAGGGCACAGACUUUUUCUCAGUAUAAACAUGCAUACACAAUGAAAUAUCUAAUUGUGAUUACACCCCAGGGUGUCAUUUCUUUCAUAUCUGAAGGAUGGGGUGGGCGCGCUAGUGACAAACAUAUAACAGAGGAAAGUGGUUUCCUCAACAAACUGUUGCCAGGUGACAUUGUGCUGGCAGAUAGGGGAUUUAAUAUCAGGGAAAGUGUGGGUAUGAUGUGUGCUGAGGUUAAGAUACCUACUUUCACAAGGGGUCGUGCACAGCUGGAGGCAAAAGAUGUGGAGGAGACUAGGGCCAUAGCACAUCUCAGGAUUCAUGUGGAGAGGGUGAUUGGUGUUGUGCGGAACAAAUUUAAAUUCCUACACUCAACUGUACCUGUGAACAUGCUUCUUAAAUGUGAAGGUGAAAACGUAAUGGCAUUGGACAAGAUUGUCACUGUUUGCUGUGCCUUGACAAAUAUGUGCAAAAGUGUUGUCUGAAUGCAGACUUUGUUAUGUUUAAAAUAAAGUGUUAUCUAAUCUACUGUGAAAUUACUGUAAAUUUGAAAUAAAUUCUUUAAACACUU